CUCGCCUCAGAGCGGAGAGCGCCUGUGACAGUGGGCUGCUUUGAUUCAUGCUGUGGUGGAGCCUCAUUUUGGGAUUUGGAGAACAAUUAAUGCGUCCAGAACAGAGCGCAUGAAGGAUGAGAAGAUGAAUGUGGAAGCUCUAAGCAGAGCAGAGCUGCUGACUCUCCUCAGUAUCCUGGAGGGAGAGCUGGAGGCCCAGGAUGUGGUCAUACAUGCCCUCAGGGCUCAGCACAGAGAUGCUUUCGUCCAGGAGCGUUAUGGCCAGUAUGACCUCAGCGAUCCAUUCCUGGCUCUGCAGCGGGACAACGAGUCUGAGGAGCGUCAAAACACCCUCACGCAGCCUCACGCACACCUGCAGGGCCGGGCGGUGGGCCCUAACCCUCUGGCUGUGCUUAAACUGGUCAUGGCUCACUGCAAGAGAAUGCAGGAGAGGAUGAUGGGACAGUUGGCUGCUGCUGAGAGCAGACACAGGAGGAUGAUAGCUGAUCUGGAGGAAGAGAAGCGACGGCACGCUCAGGACUCUGCACACAGUGAUGACUUCACCUUCAUGCUGCAGACAGAAAGGGACAAACUGCUGCAACAGUUGGAAGUGGAGCAUGCAACAGUGCAGAGGUUAGAGAAGGAACAAGCACAAGCAGUGAGCAAAGUGGAGGAGUCACUGUCCCAGCAGCAGCAGCUCACCUCGACCCUAUCUACUGAGCUCCAGAAAGCCAACAGCCUGGCGCAGGAGGAGGCUCAGAAGGUCUCCCAACUUCGCACCUUGCUUCAAGAGGAGACCAGUGCCCUGGAGAAGCUCCGGGGGGUUCUCGGCGAUGAGAAGAGCAGGGCAGCGCAGCUAGAGGCCAGGUCUGAGAGGCAGCUGGCUGAGUUUGACACGGAGCGAGAGCAGAUGAAAGCCAGGAUCAGCAAAGAGGAGGAGAGGAGUAGGGAUCUUGAGAGACAGCUGGAGGAGCUGAGGAAGAGGUUGGCUGAAACCGGAGGAUGUAAGGAAGUGGUAAAGGAGGCUUCGACAGAGGUGAAAGAGUCAUUUCCCAAGAUGAUGAUGGUGUCCACCUCUGUUCAGACUGAGCCAGAUGGAAAGAUUACUGUCACUCCUAAAUCCACCUCACUGUCAAAGGUCAAUGGUUAUCAUGCUCAUAAAGAGACAGAACCGACACAGGAAGGGAGAGGAGCAGAAAAUGCAGGGGUGGUAGACAAUGGUGGAGGAGCGCUUUUGCAUUCCCCUCAUACUCAUCCUCAUCCUCACUCUCCCUCAAGCACAGCCUCCUCUUCCCUCUCCUCUUCUCCCAUUUCCUCUCCUGUUCUUGCAAAGCGUCUGGGCAGUCCAGGCUUUCAUCCGUCCUCCUACCAGGCCGGAGUCAACCAACGAUUCCAGGCUGCCAGGCACAAGUUCCAGAGCCAGGCCGAGCUGGAGCAGCAGCACGGUGGCCCCCUCUCCCCUAGGGACCUCUCCCCCACCACCUCCUCCAUCCCUCCCCCACCAGAGCACAGCACAGCCAAGCAGCUGGCCCGCAACACUGUCACUCAGGUGCUGUCCCGCUUCACCAGCCAGCAGGCCGGCGUCAAACUGGCGCCAAUCAGCAGCUCUCCAUUUGGUACAGACUACCGCAAUGUAGCAGCUUCUCCUCCUGGUGGCAGGUCACCUUCUUCAGGGCCUCUGUCUCCAGGCAUACGCUCCCCCCUCACUCCUCGCUCAGAGAGGACCCAUCCACCUCCGAUCCCUCCCAAGAAGCCUGGCAUGAGUCCAACUCCAGGCUCCCCAGUUCACUCUGCUCGGACCAGCCUCUUCCCAGAGCUGACAGGGAACUGUGGACACAGCAACAGUGGGCAGGAGGGUGCCAAGGAGCCAGACCUGGUUUUAUCCUCUGGCAGCUAACUAAAUGAGUCAGGCCUUAAUCAACUAUUACUGUAAUAUUUGUCUUUGCCAAACCCACUUCAUAAUAAACAGUAGUAUAGACACUUCAAAGCUGGACUGGUUUAAACAGAUACAUUUAGGAGUUUGUUGCACCCCCUACCUCUACACCACAACCUGAGAAACAAUCAGAAAAUAACUAUUUGAAAUCAAAUAUAGUAUAUUACGGAUUUUUAAAAUUGAUUUAAUGUUUCUAUUUACAUUCCUGUCUGUACUCCUUUUAUAUAGAACUUUUGUAAGUUUGCAGUUUUACAAUGUUAUUAUUAUUAUUAUGUUAUUUUCCACUUAUUUACCACCCUUUAUUAAGGGUGUUUAGAAACCAUAUAUAUAUAGAGAGACCAAGCUAAAGACCUGUUUUGAAGCAAAAAACAUUAACAAGGUUCCACAGUACAACAUUUCUUUUCCCUAGUGUUCAAAUUACCAGUCCUAGAAUAAAAAAAAAAGACAACUUUAGUCAGAAGCAAAUCUGUAAAGCAAAUAGAAGGGCUAAAAUAAAUGGAUGUAGAGUAUAGCGACUGUGUAGCUAUCACCAUUUCACUAUAAACUAGUGAGUAGUUUUUCAAAUGUUUUUCCAAUGAAUUCUUAUGCAGUUUGAGUGGAGAUGAAAACAAUAUCAUACUAUGUAAAUAGUUAAAUAAUUCACAGUUGAUUCUCUAUGAAUGAAUAACUUCACAUGCAUGUUUUUUUUCUAUUACCCUUGUCGCGAAUACACUGAAUCUUAUCUUGAAAAGGGAGAGCACACUUUGUACUACAUUACUGUAAGAUAGAUACUUUAUGUCUUUAAUUUCAGAUAUUUUGUUCAGGGAAAGUUAAUUCAUCCAAUCCAAGAAGGAUUAUGCAUCAUGAAAAUGUAACAACCCUUUGGAAUAUUCCAUUGAUGAACACAAUGGGAGUCAAGGUUUGAAUCAUGCUACUGUAACUGUCCUAUUAGUACAACACAUCAGAUUUUUGUUUACCAUGUUUUUUUUUUUUGACAUUUUAUGGCUUUAAAACUAAGAAUUGAUUGAGAGCAAUUGUUAUUUUAGCCAAUCAAAUGAAAUCUGUAGAUUUCAACACCAUUUGUCUGCAAGGGGCAAUGUCCUUCAGCUGUCUUUAGUAAAUAUGCAUAUCAUGAACACCUGCAACUUCUAGUGCUCUUUUAAAUAAAUUCCCCAUGCCUUAAAGCUUAAAA